AUGUCGUCAUCCGCAGCCCCAGGUGGCUUGAGAAACGCCGUCAAGAGAAGAAACGUUGCCGACAAGAAGGCAAAGAAUGCCGAGCUGAUGCCCUUGUCCACCAGGGCGGCCGGUGCCGGGGGCUCCUCCGCCACCAUGUUGAAGUUGUUCACCGACGAGGCCCAGGGCUUGAGAGUCGACCCCUUGGUGGUGUUGAUCUUGGCCGUCGGGUUCAUUUUCUCGGUCAUUGUCAUGCACGUGCUUGCCAAGAUCACGGGCAAGUUCACCUCCUAG